CGAGUCUGGGGGUGGGGGGUCGUUCCCCCCCAACUCCAGAAGACCCGGGACGAGUGGCCUUCUCCGAUCUGGCCGUGCCCUGUGUCCCUGCGCCCUAGCCACUACUGGACGCCGGUGACCCUCGGAAGCCAGGGAACUGCCUGGGUGCCCCAGGCAUGCCAGAGCUCUGAGUGAGGCCAGCUGAGAGGCAGGGGCUGCUGUCCUUCCCCGCCCUGCCGACCCGGCGUCAGCAUGCUGAGCCUGAAGCUCCCCCGGCUGUUCAGCAUAGACCAGGUGCCCCAGGUGUUCCACGAACAGUCCAUCCUUUUUGGCUACCGACAUCCUCAGAGUUCCGCCGCCGCCUGCGUCCUCAGUCUUUUCCAAAUGACCAAUGAGACCCUCAACAUCUGGACUCACUUCCUGCCCUUCUGGUUCUUUAUGUGGAGGUUUGUGACGGCGCUGUACGUGACAGACAUCCAGAAUGACAGCUACUCGUGGCCCAUGCUUGUGUACAUGUGCUCCAGCUGCGUGUACCCCCUGGCGUCCAGCUGCGCGCACACCUUCAGCUCGAUGUCCAAGAACACCCGGCACAUCUGCUAUUUCCUGGACUAUGGCGCGGUCAACCUCUUCAGCCUGGGCUCGGCCAUUGCCUAUUCUGCGUACACGUUCCCCGAUGAGCUGGUGUGCAGUACCUUCCAUGACUACUACGUGGCCCUGGCCGUGCUGAACACCAUCAUCAGCACUGGCCUCUCCUGCUACUCCAGGUUUCUUGAAAUCCAGAGACCCCGGCUCUGCAAGCUGCUCCGGGUCCUGGCCUUCGCUUACCCCUACACUUGGGACUCUCUCCCCAUCUUCUACAGGCUCUUCCUGUUCCCAGGGGAGAGUGCGAGCAACGAAGCCAUCCUGUACCAUCAGAAGCACACGUUCAUGACCUUGCUGGCCUCUUUCUUGUACUCCGCUCACCUGCCGGAGCGACUGGCCCCUGGGCGCUUUGACUACAUCGGUCACAGUCACCAGCUGUUUCACGUGUGUGUGAUCCUGGCCACGCACUUGCAGAUGGAAGCCAUCCUUCUGGACAAGACGCUGAGGAAGGAGUGGCUUUUGGCCACCUCCAGACCCUUCUCCUUCCCGCAGAUAGCCGGAGCUGUUCUUCUGUGCAUCGUCUUUAGCCUCAGCAACAUACUUUAUUUCUCAGCUGCUCUGUAUCGCAUCCCUGAGCCAGAAUUACACAAAAAAGAAACUUGAUUCGGAUCCAGACCACAUGCUUUUGGGGGGCCGAGGUCAACACGAAGCCAUUGACGUGGGGCUGUUGGCUUUACAGUGGCCGAAAGCAGUCAUAAUGAUGGAUGUCUCGACAGUUUUGAGUGGGUUUGUGUCAGAGGUAUUUAACGGGGGAGAAUUCUCUAAAUGUGCAGUCUUCAUGUGAACUUUAAAAGGGGGAACGUGGGCUCAGGCAAUUCCUCAAUAAGGCAAAUUAUUGCUAUCUCAUUGUUUUAACUUUAUUUAAAAUGAGGUUUUUCAGGGGCUGGGAUGUAGCUCAGUAGGUAGAGUGCCUGUCUAGCAUGCACAAAGUCCUGAGUUCAAUCUCUAGCACCACAUAAAUUGGAUGUGGUGGGGCAUGCAUGUAAUCUAGCACUCAGGAGGUGGAGACAGGAGGAUCAGGACAUCCUCAGCUAUAUAGUGAGUUCAAGGUCAGCCUGGGAUACAUGAUACUCUAUCAUAAAAUUAACAUAGACUCAGGAGGCAAAGGCAGGAGGACUGCUGAGUUCGAGGCCAGCCUGGGACUUACAGAGUGAGACCCUACUUUGAAACAACAACAACAAAAAGAAUUAAAAUUAAAAUAGAGUUUUCAGUACUACUUAAACUACGGGAACAAGUGUACUGUCUUUCUAGUUUUUGCAUUAAUCUUUAGAAAUGGAAUCGGCUGCAUUCGGUGAAUUUCAUGAGGAAAAGCUUCUCCCGGGAGCUGCUAAUGGCAGCCUGACCACAACUUGCCAAGGGUGAGAAGGAGGCUGGGUCUUUGGGAGUCAAACAUUCCAGAAGGGACACUUCCUGCUUAGGGAAGGGCAUGAAAA